UUUCGUCUCUAAUUCGAUACCUGUUUUGUUUUCUUCUAUCUUUUAUCGCUUUCCAUCGAGUUCUCACGUUGCCUGUUGACGGAGCGGAGGAAGACGAGAAGGAAACAAACCAGAUGGCGGCAGGACCUGUACCAGUUUCAUCUCUCUGCUGUGAAAACUUGUUUUUUUUUUUCUUUUAACUCGAGCAGACGAUGGAAAGGGUCGUAGGGCUCGAGAAAGAGACGGUGCAAAUCUGCUUCAUUCCACAAACCCAAGGUCCCGUUUUUUAUCCCAAGGUUGGGGCUUUUUGAUUCAUUUUUUUAUGGGACAGAUGACGGGAGGGUCAACAGGCCUAUUUCUACUGACGUCUCUUUCUCUCUCUUCCUCGGCCUAGAGAUUUCCUUUUCCUUUGUUUUGCGAGGCUUCAUAGUGUCCACGCGUAGGAAGUCUCCUUUUAUCUUCCACACCCGUUUACACCAGCUCGCACCAGCCUCUCGGCCUUCUAAAGCUUCGAUCUUUGAGGUCUCGGAGCAGGAAACUGCCUCGUUCGCGUCCUAGGUGGUAGGGAAGGGAGAGGAAGACAGAACGCGGUUCUUGAGUUCCUCUUGCCUUCCUUCUCUUUCUUUCUGCCCUUCGGUGACAGCGAGAGGGUGUUGAGGCAUCUGCUCAUACCUUAAACGGAUCGUCUAUGCUUUUGCAUCCUCUGAUCUUGUUCUAAGACCUUGGGAAACUCGGAAAUCUGGGUUGAAAAGCGAGAACACGCAUUAGAUCUACUACUAGCAUCUGCUAGCACUUGGUGAGGAAGAGUGUUUUUGAAGCAACGAAGCGAGUUCGAAGAGGUGUGAUUGAGAAAGAGAGGAAAUAAAAUUGAUCUUCAAUGAGUUUUGGAGGUUUGUUCGACAGCGGCUCCGGCAGCGGUGGCGGUGGCGCUCGGACGGGGUUGGCCGAUGCGGUGCACCGCAGCUCCACCGCCAUGUCCGCCAGCAACAUCUCACAGCCGCUCCUCGCCUCGCCUUCUCUCCCCAUGUUCAACUCCCCUGGCCUCUCCCUCACCCUGCAAUCGGAUAUGGAAGGCACGGGUGCCGCCGGUAAAGGUGGAGCGUGGGAUCUGGAUUCGGGGCGUCAGAACAAGGAAGACGAGAACGAGAGCCGGUCAGGAGGGAGCGACAACCUGGGAGGACUCUCCGGAGACAAUUUAGAACAGGAGAACCCGCGCAAGAAGAAGCGAUACCAUCGCCACACCCCGCACCAAAUCGAAGAACUCGAAGCAUUCUUCAAGGAUUGCCCUCACCCUGAUGAGAAGCAAAGGUUGGAACUCAGCAAGAGGUUAUCCUUGGAGGCUCGCCAGGUCAAGUUCUGGUUCCAGAACCGCCGAACCCAGAUGAAGACCCAAAUGGAACGCCACGAAAACAUGAUCCUAAGGCAGGAGAACGACAAGCUUCGCGCUGAGAACUUGUCAAUUAGGGAGGCGACGAGGAACCCUCUCUGCAGCAACUGCGGUGGGCUGGCGAUGCUCGGCGAAGGGUCGCUCGAAGAACAACACUUGAGAAUUGAGAAUGCCCGUCUCAAGGAUGAGCUUGAUCGUGUUUGCUCCCUCAUUGGGAAGUUCCUCGGCAAGCCUAUAUCUGCGUUGUCUAGUCCACUUCCUCUCCCGAUGUCAGAUUCAACAUUGGAUCUUGCAGUCGGGAACAAUGUUUUCGGUGGCCUGGGUUUGGUGACCCCGGCAACGUUGCCUCCGGUCACUGAUUUCACCGCCGGAGCAACAAGCGGCCCAUUCGGCACCGUUACAACUCCUGCAAGGAACGUUGGCACGGGAACUCUAGACGGUGUGGAUAGAUCGCAGGAGAGAUUCGUGUUCUUGGAACUUGCACUCACAGCAAUGGAUGAGCUGGUGAAGAUGGCUCAGAUGGAGGAUCCUCUUUGGGUUCCAACUUUGGAUGGAAGGAAGGAGACACUGAACUACGAGGAGUAUCUUCGAAGUUUCCCUCGCUGCAUCGGUGCGAAGCCCGUUGAGUUGGUGUCGGAGGCCACCAGGGCUACCGGCGCCGUGAUCAUCAAUAGCUUGGCGUUGGUUGAGACUCUCAUGGACGCCACUCGGUGGGUAGAUAUGUUUCCUUCUGUGAUUGCAAGAGCGACCACCAUUGAUGUGAUCUCCAGUGGCAUGGGUGGUAGCAGAAAUGGUGUGCUCCAACAUAUGCAUGCAGAACUUCAAGUUCUCUCGCCGCUGGUGCCUGUCCGAGAUGUCCGUUUCCUUAGGUUCUGCAAGCAACUUACAGAGGGAGCUUGGGCGGUAGUAGAUGUCUCCAUCGAUGGAAUUAGAGACGACCUUUCUGCUCCACCUCCUAAUAUGAGUUGCCGCCGGUUGCCGUCUGGUUGUCUGGUGCAGGACAUGCCUAAUGGUUAUUCUAAGGUCACAUGGGUGGAGCACGCGGAGUACGACGAGGCCGCGGUGCACCCGCUGUUCCGGCCGCUGGUGCGCUCCGGCAUGGCGCUCGGCGCACAUCGUUGGGUCGUCUCCCUCCAACGCCGGUGCCAGUCCUUGGCUAUGCUCAUGUCCUCUUCGCUCUCCCAUGAUGAUACCACCACAAUAACGCCGAGUGGGAGGAGGAGCAUGCUGAAGCUGGCGCAGCGCAUGACGGACAACUUCUGCGCCGGGGUGUGCGCGUCGUCAGCCCACGAGUGGAACAACCUCAGUGGCGGGAUCAACAUCGGCGAGGACGUGAGGGUCAAGACCAGCCAGAACGUGGCCGAGCCCGGGGAGCCACCGGGGGUGGUGCUGAGCGCUGCCACCUCGGUGUGGCUCCCUAUCGCCCCACAGCGCCUUUUCGACUUCCUCCGCAACCAGCAGCUACGGAGCCAGUGGGAUAUCCUCUCCAACGGCGGUCCCAUGGAGGAGAUGGCCCACAUCGCCAACGGAAAGGAGACCGGCAACACCGUCUCCCUUCUCCGUGCCAGCGCGGUGAGUGCAGACCACAACAGCAUGCUGAUACUGCAAGAAACGUGCACGGACGCGUCCGGGUCGGUUGUGGUGUACGCCCCGGUGGACGUGCCGGCCAUGCACCUCGUUAUGAGCGGCGGCGACUCCACCUACGUCACCCUUCUCCCGUCUGGUUUCGCCAUCCUCCCCGACGGCCGCGGAAGCGGCGCAGGCGUCACCCACAAGGCGGGAGGGUCGCUACUCACCGUCGGGUUUCAGAUUCUGGUGAACAACCAGCCGACGGCGAAGCUGACGGUGGAGUCGGUGGAGACCGUCAGCAACCUUAUCUCAUGCACCGUGGAAAAGAUCAAGGCAGCCAUCCACUGCGAAGCUUGAAGAGGAGCAGACUUGUUGAGGAGCAUGGCGAGGAUGUCAGGUAAUGCAUGGAUUGAGUCAAGAACGAACCACAACGUAAAAAACCUUUGCCAAGUAGUUAGGAAGUAUGGAAACACUGCUAAAACCCUAUCGGCACUAAGAGCAGUCCAUAAUCCUUAACACGGAGCAAUGGUGGUGGUUCGGGCAUUGACUCGUUCCAAUCGACGCCCUUGCUGAAUCUCCAGCGCAGUGAGAUGCUGCAUGAUUAGUAUUGUAGUGGUUUGGCCUUUGUAGUUUUUGCCAUCUGAAACAUAGUCAACUAGUGAUGAAAGGAGCAAGUAGUGCUGUUUGCUGCAUAUGAGCGUAGUUUUUUAUCGGACAUAUAAGUUGCUUCGUAUAACUG